CACGCAUGUAUUAUUACCAUAUGCGGCAAAUUAAAUUGUGAGCCAUAAUAAGAGCAAACCAGCCCUGGUAUGCUACAAACAGAUGUGGAUUACUGGAUUCCUGAAAAAAAGAAUGGAAUAUAAGAACUUUAUCCUGAGCUUCCUUCUUUGCUGCAUGUUACUUACAACCAGCUAUUGUUACAUGAUAUUUGAGGAAAAACAGAACUCGGACAACUAUGCAAUAAAUAGCAACAAAAUCAAGAUCCCAGAUCUCCCUCCCAUCUCUAUAGUAGAUUUAACCAAAACUUCCAUGAAGCUAAGCAGGAAAGAAGCUGAGAGAAAAAUAUCUAUGAAGAGAAUGGGGCAACAAAAAAAGCCUUCUCGACCCAAACCGUCUCCCCCUCCGAAUUGUGUCGCUACUUGGGCAAGCUGCAAGCCUCCGUCUCGCCCCUGCUGUGAUUUCUGUGCCUUCUGCCACUGCCGACUUUUUCAGACCGUCUGCUACUGCCGCAUGGGAAAUCCAAACUGCUAAAUCAAAGUCAAGAAUGCUCUCAGUAUCUCCGUAUAUCUUCCAGACUGGUUGCCUUGUAUCUAUUUUCCAAAGAGGCCUUGUCUUCCCAAGCGUCACGUUCCUUGCGGGAUCUAUCUCAAAGGGUAAUGCUAUCAGAAACAAGCUAGUCCCUGCCAGGUUAAUUAUGGUAGAGAAGGAGUGAAAUGGGAGAAAGGCUGACCACUUGAAAAGGGAAGGGAAGGUGAGAGAAUGGAAGUUACACAUUAAAAAUACAUUACUGGUAGUCCUUGAGUUAUGACCACAAUUGAGCCCAAAAUUUAUGUUGCUAAGUGAAACAUUUGUUACAUGAAUGUUGUCCCAUUUUACAACUUCUCUUGCCACAGUUGCUAAGGGAAUAAUUGCACCUGUUAAGUUAGUAAUGUGGUUGUUAAGUUAAUAUGGCUUCCCCAUUAACUUUGCUUGUCUGAAAGUCACAAAAGCUGAUCACGUGACCCCGGACACUGCAGCCGUCAUAAUUAUGAGCCACUUGCCAAGCAUCCGAAUUUUGAUCACUUGACCGUGGUGCUGCAAUGGUCAUGUGAAAAACGGUCGUAAGCCACUUUUUUCAGUGCCAUUGUAACUUUGAACGGUCACUAAACAAACUGUUGUAAGUCAAGGACUACCUUUAUAUUUUCCUUCGGAAGAAUUGCAUGUAUUGCACUUCAGAGAUGUAAAAAAAAUGAAAAACAGGGGCUGCAAUAAAAGGUGUACUCCAGGACAAUAAUCAGGUGAAUUUCUAGCAAAAUGAGACAGACGAAAACAAGUUAUUGCUCAGUGAUUUAUAGUUAGCUUUCUGUAACAGGGUUUGGUAACAUUUAGCAUUCCAGGUGUUGCUUAACGACUGGCCCCAACCAUUGAUGUGGUUAAUGGGAACUAAGAUUAACAACCAGUCUUUGAGGACUGCAGAUGUCCCAUGUCAAUAAAAGGGAGCACGGAACCAGUUUCAGUCCAAGGGAUUCAUUCACUUCUCUAAUAUUUUUUCUUUAAUUUUUUUAACGACUAUCCACCAGUGAUGGAUACAGCCAAAGCUAAAAUAUUUUCUUUUUGCUUUCUUCGUUUUGCUUUUGCUUGUCCUUUCUGUCACCCCUUCUCUGUUCUUCCUAGGUCUACUCUAUACAAAUCAUGUUGCUUUUAUUCUCUUCUCUGGAGAGACCAAUGUGAGGAUGCAGGAACCCAAUGCAGAAGCAAAACAUCUGGUAAUAGAAAGAGAGAAUGAUGCUUCUGUGCAUUGUCAUUAGAUUUUAUGCUAUUUGGGGUUUUUUUAAUCCUAGAUUUACCCCGACGGAAAACAAUUGUGAAAUAAGGGAAAUGAAAGCACGGGGAGCAGAAGGAAAGUUGGAAUGGAACCUGGUAAUUAGCUAGCAAACAAAACAGAAAGGGUUGGCAAAUUAUACUGUUCUAUAGAUCAGAGAUUUACCAUUAUAUGCAUAAUUAUAAAGCAUGCUCUUCCAUCUCUUAAAACAAAUCAAGAUAUUAACUUUAACAAAACUAUUCUCCAUCUUCAGUUUUAAACUGACCUAUGUUUCAAUUCAGCAGUUUUAAUAAUAUUAGUGUGCAUAUAAAUUCCUUUUUACAACCCUGUAACUUAAUUCGGAAUAGAAUUGGGGCGACUGGAUGGAGCUUAAUGUUUACUGGUCAGAUACCUUGUGGAUACCAUGUGGAGUUUGUAGCAGAUAUUUUUUUCUUUGCACCAUAGAAGAGAAACAUGUUUCUACCUAGGACUGAACUCUCACCCUUCCGAGUGAGGAAAUAAAAUGGACAUUUUCAUUACUACUCUUAAUUUUUAAGUAGUGACAUUUAACCUCAAUUUUUGGACAACCUCCCCCGCCAAGCUUUCCCAAUACGAUUAGGCUACUGUAGAUUUUAUCUCACAACCAUCAUCUUGAGCAACUAUGGCCACUUCGAUGCUUAGGCUAAAUAUGGAUCUCUUUGACUUCUUCAUAUUUGUGCCAAUUGAUUCAUCAUCUAUGCAGGGCUAUAAAUAUAGCCACAAAUCUAUCUGUUCCACAGACCUUUAGCAUUUUAGAAGGUUCCCCCCCCCCAUUUUGACUCUUGAAAUCUUUCAUGCACUGACUAUAUAAGACUUUAAAAGUAUUAUAAAAGUGCUUUACUGAGUUAGUUGGCUUUCUAGAGAACUGAGUGAUGUUAGGAGCUAAGGAUACGCUGCAAAAUUAUGUUGCAAGCCUCCCAUUGUUACAGUAGUUAAUAGCCAAAAUAGUGACUCAUGGCAGUCAGAAGGGAGGUUAAACAAGACCUCCAAACAGAAUCGUGCCAUAGACUCAGGUGGUCUUUACUUACUUGCAACUAAUCAUGAAGCUAACACCCCCUGACAGCUUCUUAUCUUUUGGCAAUGUCUUUGCCCAUGAGUAAGAUAAGCUUAUACCAUCCUUAGCUCUAGUGAUAUUAAAGUAGUAUUUUUUUUCUCCGAUCCAAGGACACCCUCAAGAUGUAUAUAUAUUUAAUCUGUUAAGAUCGUUACUCAUUACCUUUGAAGGAAGUCCACUGACUACAGUGAUUUGAAGUAGAUACAGCAUACAGACCUGAAAUGGGAAUAGGGCAGUAAUGGCGAACCUUUUCAGCAUCGAGAGCCGAAAAGGAAGCACGGGUGCAUUUGGGCCACAACCUGGAAGACGAGCUGCCCAGGGUGCAUGCGCACACCCAAAUAUGAGCUUCCAGUUUCAGCCAGCUACUCAUCCAGGUUUCUGGUGCACAUGUGACUACGACGAUCAGCUGGCUGGCACACAUGCUUCCGCAGGAAAAUGGAAGACCAGCUCUUCCAUUUCUGGCACUGCUGCAUGCAAAAAAGCCAGCUGAUCAUCACGUACACAUGCGCGCCAGAAACCUGGAAGAGGAAUAGAUGAUCCUGCACCUGCCAGGUGACAUGGCUCUACAUGCCACUUUGGGCAUGUGUGCCAUAGGUUUGCCAUCACGGGAAUAGGGUAUUUCAUGCUAGUACAAUUUACUGCCAAAUUACUGAUGAAGGCACUUCAUUUUAGCAGUGAGGAAAGGCUGAUCAAGUUGAAAGAAACCAUUUGCUCCAUUUUCCAGCCCUCUUUUCAGUGCAGAAAUAUAAAUAAAAUAAACAUAAAUAAAUAAACAGCUAUCCAUCAUUUACCAGAACAUGUACAAUGAUAUCACCUCCUUAGCAACUGAUUUCACUGUUGAACUUCUGUUAUGUUUAUAAAGUUUUUCUUAAUCAAAUCCUGCCUUUCUAUAAUUCAAAUUGAUUAGACUUUGUUGGGAAAUCUGGAAUGAAUAGAUGACAGAUCAGAGUUUUUGCUGGCGGAAAGAGUUGAAGAAUGAUGAAUAUUAAUUUGAAGAGGAAAAGUAAUACAUGAGAAAAGUUAGAGUGCAUAUUUACAUUUUUUCCCAGGCAAAUGGAUGUACAAAAAAUGUUAGUAUUAUUUUAUCAUAAAUAAACAAUAUUGAUCUGAAAGUUGUAAUGCUUUGUUGAGGAGUUUUUUUGGGAGGGGAGGCAUGGCAGCAGGGGCGAAAUCUAAAAUUUUUUCCUACCGGUUCUGUGGGCGUGGCUUAAUUGGUGGGUGUGGCUUGGUGGUCAGGUGACCAGGUGGGCAUGGCCAAUAACAAUAAUUAAAAUAAUAAACAAAGUACACAAAACAAUAAGAAGUACCAAAAACCAACUUUCACACUUUACACACACACAACACAACACAACACAACAGAUUCACACACAAUGUAAAAGCAGCUGCAUUUCACCCAAAAUGGCCCCUGCAACAAGCAGAAAACUCACAUAGCCACAAAAAGCUAAAAAACCAACGUUCACACUUUACACACACACAACACAACUAUUCACACACACACACCCAAAAUGCCACAUACAGCUUUGUGAGAUUUUGUGUUUGUUUAGUUAGAGUGAAACACUACAGAAACACACCAAAUCUCAGAAAGCUGCACAAAUAUUUUAUUUUAUUUAUAUUUUUAGAUAAAAGCAGCUAAAUUUAAAACUUCCUUAACUUUAAAUUGCUAAGUCUAAAAAAUAAAUAAAACUCCUUUUAAAAAAACCAAUUAACUAUUAAUUUAAAGCUUCCUCCCUCCCCAGUUACUUACCCAAGUGCAGGGACAAGGCAGGCAGACUGAGUUGUUCACUGAUGAGAUGGAUUGCAGGCAGGCAGAUUGAGUUUCUAGCUGAUGCAAUUGAUUGCAGCAGCCAAAGCAUGGCAGGAACAGUGAGUGAGCCCAAAAGAAGCAGCAAGCUGCCAAGUAGGCAAGUGGGGACAGGGCGAUUGGGUGGGCAUGGGUGGGGGGCAGGGAUUUUUGCUACCAGUUCUCCGAACUACCCGCCCCCAUCACUACCGGAUCACCCAAUCCAGUCCAAACCAGGAGCAUUUCACCCCUGCAUGGCAGGGAUUAAACAUUUCCUUAAUUUGCUUUUUCACACUUUUAACUUUUUUUUUUAGUUUAGAGGCAAAUGUUAACACUACACAGUUAGGAAUAUGGUAGUAGAGAAUGUUUGUAGCUUAAGUUAAACUGUUGCUUUCUUGUUCUCUAAAUUUGGUAUUUUUCUGCGGACAUUUCAUUACAAUGAGAAAAUAUUAAGAUCCCAAUAAGAAAAAAUGUAUCAUAAUCACAAUAUAUAACUAAUUCAUAACCACGUUAAUGUCUUUAAACCUUCCAUUUCAAAAUGAUUAUUGGGUGGAAAGGAUGUGGCAAGUAAAGGCCAAAGUAGUCCUAGGAGUGGUACACUCAAGGCUGUGACUCCCUAAAAUGGGAGAGUGGUUCCAAAAGAUCCUAGGAACAACGUCAGAGUUUUCUUUCCAGAAGGAUUCAGUGCUAGGAACAGUUAAGAUGCCGUGAAGAACCCUCAAAUUCCCAGGUUUAUUGCAGAUGUUUAAACUAACUUGCAUGGAGUUCACCGCAACACUGGUAAUGCUAGUAUUAAAAUCAGAAAGUAGAAGCUUUAUAUAAUCAGAAUUUGUUCUUCCUGGCUUCAUUCAUAAUAUAAUAAAAGAAUUCCUUAUGUCCUUGUAGAAAUUGCAGUGUAGCAAUACAUAGACAGUGAUCUCAGUACUGUAUUUUUUGAAGUAAAAAAUGUGAAUUUGUGCAAACAACAGGAUUUUGAGGUAUCUUCCCUUUAGGAAUGCUGAUGAUAACGUAUAAUAUCAUAUCCAAAAGAAUUCCUUAGCUGGGCGAAAAUAUCUCUUAAUUGAUGAAUUUUUAGCAAAUGAAUAAAAACUUUUCAAAUUAUAUUAAAAGAAGUGUUACACUUCUGCACAUCUGCAUUUUGUAUAUUACACAUUUUUCCUUAAAAUAAUUUCUAAUUAUAUCAUUGAUGUAUUAAAUUCUGGUUGAGAUGGCUGGCACAUAAAUAAAUAAAUAAACAAACAAACAAAUAAAAUUCCACGACUGUUCGCUAAUACUUUCAGAAAUAGAUCUUAAUGUUUUAUGCCAUUAAAAAGUGCUUUACUUUUUAUGUCUAAGAUUUUUCAUAACUGUUUCUAUAAAUAUUUUAAAAUCUGAAUUUGAGAAUCCUUUAAUAAUCCACUAUACAUUUUUGAAACUGCCUCUUUGGUAUUCUAUAUUAAGAAUUACUCUUUCAAAAUCAAUGAUAAAGUGUAAAAUUAUUUCCUUUAUGUCUUUGUCUUUGGGGAAUGACAAAACUUAUGCAUAUUGUACCCAAUUUACUUUUAGAAUGUGAAAUCACCAACUUAUAACCAUAUUAGAUAGUAUUCCUCCAUCUGUAAAACCUUCCUUUCAUCCAUAUAGAUUGUUCUGUUCCCAUUUCUUGAUCUGUAGUGACUUCAAAUUCCCUGCAAAAAUAUUGCUGUUCUAUGAGAAGUGUUAUCAGGGUAAGUUAUACUGCUACUGCUUUUACUAAAUGUCAUACUAAUAUAUUCCAGAGAAACAUAAUUUCUCUUCAUUCCAUUUUAAAUCUAUAUUCUUUUUUUAAUAUGUUUUUUUAAUUUUAUACACAAACAAACAUUUAAUACAUCAGUCAUUCCUUCCAUGUGACAUCUCGGUGUUUUCUCCUUGACUUUCAUCUUUUUGUUGUUUCUUCUAUCUUCAUCUUCCUUUAAUCUGUUACAAUUUUUUUCCACAAGUACAAUAUUCUGAUUAUAUCAUUUUCUUACAUAACUUAUUAGUUUGCUUAUGUAUAUAUAUUUUUUCUAACCAAUGGUAAAAUAGAUCCCAUAUCUUAAAAUAUUCUGAAUCCUCUCUUUCUUUAAUCAUCAAAGUUAAAGUUAAAAAAUUUCUGCACAGUCUAUAAUUUUUUUAAUAACUUCCCCUUCCAGAGGUAUUUUUUCUGCUUUCCAAUUUUGUGCAAAAACAAUCCUUGCUGCUGUUAUUACAUGUAUAAUCAAGUAAAUAUUUUCUUUACUAAUUUUCUCUGGGAGGAUACCCAAUAGGAACAGCUGCGGUGUUAAACCAAUAUGUUGUUGUGUCAUUUCUUCUGACCAUGUCUUAAUUUUAUUCCAAUAGUUUUUCGCUUCUGGGCAUGUCCACCACCUAUGAUAAUAAGAUCCUGGUAACUGGUGACAUUUCCAACAUUUAGCUUAUUUAUCUUUAAACAUUUUUGUCAGUUUCUAAGAGGGCAUAUUCCAUCUAUAAAACAUUUUAUAUUGAUUAAAUCUAUAUUCUUGUUAAAUAGGCGUCCAGGACUUGAAAUGAAGAAAUGAUUCUUUAUUUCCUCUCCAUUUCUGAAAAAUUUUAUUUCAAUGUAAUAGCAAUAAUG